GAGGGGCGGGGCGGGGCGGAGGAGCCGGCUCCGGGCGCUAUUCCCUCCCCUCGCGGCGGCGCUGCCGGGCGCGGGCCGCUGGGAGCCUGCGCACUGCGGCUCCCGCUCUUCCGAGUCUCUGCCGGCAGCGGUUCCUUCACUCGGCUGAAGAUGGCGGAGGGUGGCGGCUCGUCGCUGAAGGGGCUGCGGGAGCAGAUGGUUGCUGCAGCCCAAGCAAUAGCAGAAGAAAGAAGAAACCAAAGUGGUGUUAGCCCUGUUCCAGUCCAAACUGCAAUAAACCUACAGACUGCAACUAAACCAGUGAUAGAUGGCUCCACUCUGAGAACAGAAGAAAGACAAAGACUAGCUCGGGAGCGAAGAGAAGAGCGGGAAAAGCAAAAUGCUGCCAAAGAAACACAGAUAUUUGAAAAGGAAAAAAAAGCAAAACUCCAGUAUGAAAAACAGAUGGAAGAAAAGCAGAGAAAAUUGAAAGAACAGAAACAGAAAGAAGAACAGAGAAGAGCUGCAGUAGAAGAAAAAAGAAAACAAAAAAUAGAGGCGGAAAAGGAGCGAUAUGAAGCAGUUGUGCAUCGUACCUUGGAGCGGAGCCAACGGCUGGAAACACGACAAAAGAGAUGGUCAUGGGGAGGGUCUGUAACUUCAAAUUCAGACAGCAAGACUGAGCCACAGACUGCAGAUGAAGGUGGAGCUGCCAACAAACGUUCCACAUCUACAGCAAACCUCAAACAAACAGAAGCUGUCAUCAACAAACGUUUGUCAUCUUCUGCAGCACUUCUAAACUCUCCUGAUCGGAGUACCACAAAGAGAAGUGCUUCAUUAAACAGACUGAGUAACAAAGUUUCUCUUCAGUCUGAGCAGCCACCACCGAAAGGUUCACAGGUGGAACAGAAAGGAGGAACAGAAAAGAAGAGGAGCACGUCUUUGAAUAGAAUAAGUAGUAAACCUUAUUCUUCUCCUGAACUAGAGAAGGUGAAAAAGGAAGAAAGACCAGGUGCUCGUCGCUCCCAGAUCAGUCCUCUGGAGAGUAAUGUAAUCAGUCGCCUCCUCGCCCCCACACAGGCCUCCUUAGCUAGGAGUAAAAGUGCUGCUACAUUAUCGGCUGAUGGACAAGAUCCCUCAGAAUCUCACCUCUGUCCUCGUUCAGCUUCAGCCAGUUCCAUCAGUUCUCCAAUCCAAACUCCUAAAGUGCCUGUGCGCAGCCGUAGCAUCGACAGAUUGAAGACCACUGUAUCUUCAUCUGACACCAGCUCUCCAGAAUCCACACAGAAAUUGGCGACAGAAAAGCAGUCCCCAAGUCCUGCUGGGAGGCGCCCUCCAUCGCCAUCUGUGUCAGCUCGUAGAAGAUCUCCGUCCCCUGCUAACUUGGCAAAACGUCCUUCAUCUCCCUCUACAGCUAGACAAAAUCAAAAGGCCCGUCCACCUUCACCUAGUCUAUUGAAACAAAGGCCAUCAUCCCCUACUACAGUCUCCAAACCAGCACCUAUUCAACGCCUGCCUCUCACUCCAAGUGUUAUGAAUAUUACCAAAAAGAAACCUGAAAUGGAGUGCAAACCAAAGGACAAGUACGAAGAAGGAGCAGGACAAGAACAUGGCACUUCUCCAACCUCUGAGAGGGAAACUGUUGCAAUUGCUGCAAAGACCAAAGAAGAAUCUAGUAGCAAAAAUAUUCCGGGAACCACAACAGCCGAAGAAGCCGCUAAAAUCUUAGCAGAGAAACGACGUCUGGCACGGGAGCAAAGAGAGCGUGAAGACCAGGAAAGAAUUCAGAGAGAAGAGGAGGAAAGGAGCAGAGAAGAAGAAAUGGUAAAGAAAAUGAUUGCAGAUAAAGCACAAAGAGAGGAGGAGCUCCGCAGACUGGAGGAAGAAAAAAGGCUUGAUGAUGAAGAGCAGCAAAGACAAGCUGAAGAGAGAGUUCGCAAAGAACAGGAGGAGCAGGAAAAACAAAGAGAGGAAGCUGAAGCAAAAGCCCAAGAAGAAGCUGAAAGACAACGGCAGGAGCGAGAGAGAAUUAUGCAGCAAAAUAUGCAGGAGAGACUUGAAAGGAAAAAGAGAAUUGAAGAAAUAAUGAAAAGAACUCGGAAGUCAGAUCAGAAUGAAGCCAAGAAUGAAGAGAAGUCUGCUAAUGAGGCUGACGAGGAAGAGGAUGCUGAAGAGGAGGAAGAGUUGGGCCUUGAAAAAACGUAUCAACCAGAAAAGAUAAAUGGUGUUGAUCUGUCUCAAGAAAUCAAGGUGCAGAGAAAAUAUAGUUCUGAGUUUGCAUGUGGUUUGACUUCUACAGAAUCUUCAAUGCAAGAUAUGUCAAAAAUGGAGGCGGAUGAAGUACUUAUGAAUGGAGAUGAGCAAGACAUUUAUCAGAAGAAGAAGAAUGAGGGGUCUUUGCAUGUUAUGCAGCUAAAGGAUUACAGUCCUUCAGCAAAAGAAAUGGUUAUCCAGAAUUCAGAAAUAUUGCACGUUAAUGAAGCUGAUCGUACGAUUGGACUUAUACAGAAUCUCAAUGGAAAGUCUAAUGCAUGGACUUUUGAAGAAAUUAUUGAUCUUGGAGUACAUUCCAAGUCAACCAAACUGAGUUCAGACAGCAUCACUGCUGCUAACUGUAAUGAAAACUUGAAUGAUGCUGCUACAGUUCCCUCUAGUCCAAAAUUGGCAUUUGAGGACGAUGGCACAGUGAAUUCCUUGACCAAACCUAUAGAGACUGCGUCAGAACUGUGAACACUAGAGUCCUGGAAAUAGCCUGAUUGCACUUCAGUAAUCCAGUGUUUUAUCAAGUACCGAAGGCCUUGUUUUGAAAAGCUGCUUGUCAACCUUUUACCUGUCUUCAAGCUUGCAAAAAAGACCAGCAGGGAAGGGAUACUAAACUUCUAAAUUUGCACCUUGAAAACUUUCAGGGAGCCUUCCUUGCUGCUGUUCCUUUUCCAUUUGUUUAGCGGACUGUUUGACAAGCUUUCCUUGUUAAAUAUCACCUGUUCUCCUUUUACAAAAUCUCCACUAAUCUGUCUGCAGGUCCUUUUAUUUUCAUAUUAGUGCAAUGUACAGUCCCUGUGUGCCAUUGGAAAUUUACCAGCUGGCCACUGACAAAUAUUUUUGCAUGUUUCUGAAGUGGCAGUUUGCAAAUUUAAAAUAAAAAUUAUGCAUUCCAUGCAUAUUAAAACCAAAUCCCAUCUGUGUUAUUUUCCUGUAACAUCUCUGUACAGUUGGUGAUACUAAUAGGAUAUUUAAGAAAAGCUAAAUUGGUCAGUUAUCUCUUUGAUCCAACACUGGGUUAAGAAACUGUUUUGGAUUAUUUCUAAUAUGAAAAUAUUAGUAGCUUCAAAAUACAGUAUUGUACAAUCAUUCAUACAUUUUAAUAUUACUGGAACAUCCUAAAAUUUUACAAUAUACACAAGUAUGUAUGCACUAAUAUACUGCGAAAAUGUUGAGUACCUAAAUGUGUUUGUUAUAGUGCAGUUUAACAUUUGUCAUGCUUUUUAAAAUGUUUUCAUUUGAAUUACAUAUUUAAGUUUAUCUACACUCAUGUAAGUAUUAUGUUGUGUACAUAACAGUAUUAGGCCAUUCAAGUCCUGUUUUUUGUUCAUGUUAAUUAUUCUACAUGUUCCUGUGCUAGCUUUAUAACAAUGA